AUGUAUGGAGCACUGAUAUGUUUCGAUGCCGAUUUCAUUGAAGAUCCUCAAGGUGACACCCGCCUUACGAUGCAUGUGAACGUGCCAGCUAUUUGUGUAGAGCGAAACUCUUCUCGCUCAAAAACAUAUCGACGCAAUUCGGGAUCAACCGAGGCGACGCAUCAGCGAAACAGGUCUAAUCGCGCCCGUACUGGCUCCGAAUCCGCCUCCCGAUGCUUAGUCCCCUUUCGCCGCGAUCCUCCAGCCAAUGUCGUUGUCUUGCAAGGUGCGCUGCAUUGUACAAGUGCUCCAGAGCCUCCUAAGUAG